AUGCGAACAAUUAGAGACUUGCGCGUCUUAUUAUCGUCUGAUCUUUCUUUCAAUGAGCAUAUUGACACUGUUUGUGCUAAGCCUUACAGACAUUUAGGACUUUUGAAUAGAAACUGUGAUGGGUUUAAUAACAUACACCGCUUACGAACUUUGUACUAUGCCUCAGUACGGUCUGGUGUUGAAUUUCGUUCAGUUGUCUGGAACCCUAUGCGACUAGGCCUUACGACCGAAAUCGAAAAAGUGCAACGGCGUUUCCUUCGCACGAUAGCGCGUAAAAUUAAUUCGGCCGGUUAUCCUGCUUCUGUAGUCGAGCGCCAGUACAACACGAAUUCAUUACAAACCAGACGAAUAAAAUUUCGUUUUCUUUACCGAUUAGUUUCUCUAAAUUAA